AUGGAGAUGGAAAAAGAUGUCCAGCCCUUACCACCGCGGUACAGGUUUCGAGACCUGCUGAUGGGGGACUGGCAGCAGGAUGACAGGGUCCAAGUAGAAUUUUAUGUGAAUGAGAACUCCUUCAAGGAACGUCUGAAACUGUUCUUUAUUAAAAAUCAGAGAUCAAGUUUGAGGGUCAGAUUGUUUAACUUCUUUCUAAAGUUGCUGAGUUGCCUUCUGUACAUUAUACGAGUAUUAUUGGAUGAUCCAAGAGAAGGCAAAGUCAACUGCUUGGACUGCCCCAAACAGAACUACUCUUCUCAGCAUAAAUUCGAUUGGACUCCUAUUAUUUGGGUAAACAGGCCCGUCCCUUUGUGGGGUCUUCAGGUUCUAGUUGCGUUAAUAAGCUUUAUGGAAACAAUGCUCCUUACCUACCUGGGAUAUAAGGGCAACAUCUGGGAGCAGCUGCUGAGAUUCCCCUUCAUUCUUGAGAUGUUCAAUACUCUGCCGUUCUUUGUCACUGUUCUCUGGCCGCCCUUGAGAAGCCUUUACAUCCCCGUCUUUCUCAACUGCUGGCUGGCAAAGCACGCUCUGGAGAACAUGAUUAAUGAUUUGCAUCGUGCAAUCCAGAGGACUCACUCCGCCAUGUUCAAUCAAGUAUUCAUCCUGAUUUGCACUCUGGUCUGCCUUAUGUUCACCUGCAUUUGUGGCAUUCAACAUCUGGAGAGAGCUGGCAAUAACCUCACCCUUUUUGACUCGUUAUACUUCUGCAUAGUCACGUUCUCCACCGUGGGCUUCGGCGACGUGACUCCCAAGAUUUGGCCAUCUCAGCUUCUGGUGGUCAUCAUGAUCUGCGUUGCCUUGAUAGUACUACCUAUACAGUUUGAGCAGCUUGUGUUCCUCUGGAUGGAGAGACAGAAGUCCGGAGGCAAUUACAGCCGAUACCGCGCACAGACGGAGAAACAUGUGGUGCUGUGUGUCAGCUCCCUAAAAAUAGAUCUUCUCAUGGAUUUCCUGAAUGAAUUCUACGCACAUCCCCGACUACAGGAUCAUUAUGUCGUUCUCCUGUGUCCUACUGAAAUGGAUCUUCCGGUAAGAAGAGUCUUACAGAUCCCCCUGUGGUCCCAACGAGUCAUCUACCUGCAGGGCUCGGCGCUGAAGGAUCAAGAUCUCAUGAGAGCCAAAAUUGAUGACGCAGAAGCCUGCUUCAUUCUCAGCAAUCGCUUUGAAACCGACCGCAUCGCAGCUGAUCACCAGACCAUUCUCCGAGCCUGGGCUGUAAAAGAUUUUGCUCCUAAUUGUCCUCUUUAUGUCCAGAUACUGAAGCCAGAAAACAAGUUUCAUAUCAAAUUUGCAGAUCAUGUGGUCUGUGAAGAAGAAUUUAAGUAUGCCAUGUUGGCGCUCAACUGUGUUUGCCCAGCAACCUCCACCCUCAUCACAUUACUGAUACACACCUCUAGGGGGCAAGAUAAUCCCACGUCGCCUGAUCAGUGGCAGAGGAACUACAGCCGAUGCUCUGCCAACGAAAUCUACCACAUACGUCUGAGCGAGAGCAAAUUCUUUGGAGAAUUUGAGGGGAAGAGCUUCACAUACUCCUCCUUCCAUGCUCAUAAAAAGUAUGGUGUUUCCUUGAUUGGAGUCUGCCGAGAAGAUAAGACCAAUAUUCUCCUGAAUCCUGGGCCCAGCCAUACAAUGUCUUCAUCCGACACUUGUUUCUACAUCAACAUAUCUAAGGAGGAAAACUCAGCCUUCAGCUUAAAGGAGCAUGAAAACCUGCAAAGAUCUGGGGUGGCCAAAUCUGCCUACCAUGGUCUGAAUAGACUCCCUGUGCACAGUAUAAUAGCCAGCAUGGGUACAGUCGCCAUUGAUCUCCAGGGGUCAAGAAGCCCAGAGAAUACAGACAGUAAUAUGCUGAGCCCACCAGCCAACUCCGCCCAGAAAAGAAAGCACAGCAUCGAUCCUGUACCUGACCUCAUUGAUGGGGAAACAAACACUACCUUUGACCUCCUGAGUGACCAGUCCGAGGAUGAGACCAGUCAGUCAGAUGAUGAACUGGGAUCAUUUAAUGACUGGGUGAAGGGAUAUCCUGCCAACACUCCGUACAUUGGUAGCUCACCCACUCUCUGCCAUCUCCUCCACCAGAAGAAUCCAUAUUGCUGCUUGCGCCUUGAUAAGAGCUGCCACCAUUUCCCAUAUGAGGAUGCGAGGGCUUACGGCUUCAGGAACGCCCUGGUGAUUGUGUCCGCUGAACGAGCAGGCAAUGGGCUGUAUAACUUCAUAGUCCCGCUGAGGGCGUAUUACAGAGCCAAGAAGGAACUGAGCCCCAUCAUCCUUCUCCUGGAGAACCCACCUGAUACGCAGUUCCUUGAAGCUAUCUGCUGGUUCCCACUUGUCUAUUACAUGGUGGGGUCCAUUGACAAUCUUGACGACCUGCUGCGUUGCGGUGUGAGUUACGCCACUCACAUGGUGGUUGUGGGCGAGGAAAGCUCGAUGGUUGCAGAGGAAGAUUAUAUGGCUGAUGCCCGGACCAUAGUCAAUGUACAAACACUUUUUAGAUUGUUUCCUGGGCUGAACAUUAUCACCGAAUUAACACAUCCAGCAAACAUGAGAUUCAUGCAGUUCAAAGCUAAGGACAAGUACUCAGUGGUGCUGUCUAAGCUGGAGAAGAGGGAACGUGAACGGGGCUCUAACCUGGUCUUCAUGUUCAGACUGCCCUUUGCUGCUGGGAAGGUCUUCAGCGUCAGCAUGCUAGAUACUCUACUAUAUCAGUCCUUUGUGAAGGAUUACAUGAUCUCCAUCACACGUCUGUUACUUGGUCUGGACUCUAUGCCCGGUUCUGGUUUCUUGUGUGCGCUCCGAGUCACAGAAGAAGACCUUUGGAUUCGUUGCUAUGGGCGUCUCUAUCAGAAGUUGUGUUCUACUACUGGCGAAAUACCUAUUGGAAUCUUCCGCACCGAGACGCACAUGUUGCCGGCCUCUGAGUCACAGGUCUCCAUCAGUGUGGAAGACUAUGAAGACACCAGAGAGAGCCGCUGGGGAGACACCAUCCAAAGUCGUGGUCCACAUCGCAACUCUACAUCCAGCGACCAGUCUGAGCAUCCGUUACUGCGCAGGAAGAGCAUGCAGUGGGCUCGGAGGCUGUCUCGUAAAGGAGCAAGGCAGCCUGGGAAAUCGGCGUCCGAAAGGAUUAGCCAGCAGAGGAUGAGUCUGUACAGACGCUCAGAACGGCAGGAACUCAAUGCUUUGGUGAAGACCAGAAUGAAACAUCUGGGGCUCUCCACUGCGGAGUACAUGGACAUUAUGGACACAGAUAACUCCUUGUCAUAUAUCCUUAUAAAUCCCCCUCCAGACACCAAUCUGGAAAUCAACGAUGUGGUGUAA